AUGGCACCCACCUUCACAGAGCUGCCGACCGAGAUCCUCGAAGCCGUAUUCCUCCACCUCGACCCUCAAUCGCUCCUCUCGGUCGCGCAGACCUGCCGUCUCGUCAAGAAACUCACCGCCGACGCACCACUCAUCUGGCGCCACUUUUGUCAGACACACUUCAAGACGUGGGACCCGCAGCACGCUAUCGCCGCCAAGUUCGCCGGCCCGUUAUCUGACGUCGACUGGCGCUCCGUAUUCAUUAGCCGCGUGAGGAUCGAGCGAGAGACAUUGAGACUGCUGGAUAAGGUGCUGGAGAGCCAGCAAGAUCGUAUACGGCACAUCAAAGAAAUCGCGGACUUUGGGUACGAUGUAAAAGAGGUGCUGUUGAAGGAAUGUGCGUGUGAUGACGGGAAAGAGGAUGUAUUGGCAAGGCGGUACUAUGCGAAUGCAAUCUUGGAGAGAGUGCAGAGGGAGAUGGCAGUGGAGAUAUGGGGAGAGCUUGACGCACGCGUCGAGGUGCCCAUAGAGAAGGCAUUAGCUGCAUACGACGUAUUCACGCGGACAGGCGAGGACGUGGACUACGACACAGUUACGCACGAUUUGGACGUACUUGCUCAAGGCGUCGAAGAGCAAUAUCCGGAGUUUCCCACCAUGAGUGCCCGAGCAAAGGCUUCGACGUUGGCUUCCUUCCUACGCGAACGGGGCUUCCGCGGCGUGGCGGACUCCUCCUAUCGCGCGUUGCGCAACUCCUUCAUCGGUCUCGUUCUGCGCUCUGAAACACACGACUCCCUUCCUCUCAUAUCCGUUGCAAUAUACUGCGCGCUCGCCCGGCGCGUAGGUCUCGAUGCUCGGCCUUGCGGCUUCCUUUUCCACGUCUACUGCCUCGUCUACGCGCCCAAAGACUACACCCUUGACGGUACAUACAAGCCCACCAGCUCUGCAGACCUCGACUACAUGUAUCUGGAUCCUUUUCGCUCCUCGGACGAAGUACUAGCAAACGACUUGCAACGCUUACUCCGCGAGAUGGGCGUCCCAACUUCACAGCACGAAAGCUUUCUCUCCGACAGCAACACACGAGACAUGGUUCUCCGCACAGCCCGCAACAUUAUGAACUCCGUGCAAACAAUCCGACAGACUGAGGCGGGCGUAUACGGGAUACAUAGCACAUGGCAUAAUGCCUACCCCGACAUGGAUAACGCCUUCUACGCCACCAUAUGGGCAAUGCUUAUCCUCGGCCCACACGACGACACUCUCCCCCACUCCAGUGUCACCAUACGCCGCAGACAAUAUCUACCCUACCUUCUCGAACAUUUCCAGACACACUACCCCUGGGACGUCUCCCUCCUGCAGCAAUACGUCGUCCCCAUGUUCAUCAACCUCCCUGAAGGCCAGCGUCUGAUUUCCUUCGUGGAGAGCAUGCGCCGCAUCGACGGGAUGGCCAAGCGUCCCAGCCGAAGGGAAGACGGACAAACAGAUAAGGUAGCGUUCCGUGUAGGGCAGCUGUUCCGGCACAAGCGUUAUCAUUACGAAGGUGUUGUUACCGGGUGGGAUGCCGUGUGCGAUGCGGGCGAGGAGUGGAUUCAUAAUAUGGGUGUGGAUCGCUUGCCUGGGGGAAGGGUGCAGCCGUUCUAUCAUGUCAUGUGA